CGCUGUGAUGACGCCACGACGCUGACGCCUGAGGAUGGCGGCUGCGGCGGCGGCGGCCGUGGCUGCGACCCGAAGGGGGUCAGCACAGUCGCCCAGACGCCGAAGAGCCCGCCGUCCGCGCGAGGUGUAGAUGGGGCACUGCCUGCAGAGCAGGUCCUGCCAGCCUCACUAGGAAGGAUGCCCCCGUGUCCGUGAUGGGCUGUGGGACAAGCAAAGUCCUUCCUGAGCCGCCCAAGGAUGUCCAGCUGGAUCUGGUCAAGAAGGUGGAGCCCUUCAGUGGCACUAAGAGCGAUGUAUACAAGCACUUCAUCACAGAGGUGGACAGUGUUGGCCCCCUCAAAGCUGGUUUCCCAGCAGCCAGUCAGUGUGCAAAUCCAUUCCCUAGUGUGCCCCCUACUGGCCACACAGAGCCUCCCUCAGAACCACCACGCAGGGCCAGGGUAGCUAAGUACAGGGCCAAGUUUGACCCACGUGUGACAGCCAAGUAUGACAUCAAAGCCCUGAUUGGCCGAGGCAGCUUCAGCCGAGUGGUACGUGUAGAGCACCGGGCAACCCGGCAGCCAUACGCCAUUAAGAUGAUUGAGACUAAGUACCGGGAGGGACGGGAGGUCUGUGAAUCAGAGCUGCGUGUACUGCGCCGGGUGCGCCACGCCAACAUCAUCCAGCUGGUGGAGGUGUUUGAGACACAGGAGCGCGUGUACAUGGUGAUGGAGUUGGCCACUGGUGGAGAGCUCUUUGACCGCAUCAUCGCCAAGGGUUCUUUCACUGAGCGUGAUGCCACGCGGGUACUGCAGAUGGUACUGGAUGGCGUCCGAUAUCUGCAUGCACUGGGCAUCACACACCGAGACCUCAAGCCUGAGAAUCUGCUCUACUACCACCCAGGCACUGACUCCAAGAUCAUCAUCACCGACUUUGGUCUGGCCAGUGCCCGCAAGAAGGGUGACGACUGUCUGAUGAAGACCACCUGUGGCACACCCGAGUACAUUGCCCCUGAGGUCCUGGUCCGCAAGCCCUACACCAACUCAGUCGACAUGUGGGCCCUGGGUGUUAUUGCCUACAUCCUGCUCAGUGGCACCAUGCCCUUUGAGGAUGACAACCGCACCCGGCUGUACCGGCAGAUCCUCAGGGGCAAGUACAGUUACUCGGGGGAGCCCUGGCCCAGCGUGUCCAACCUGGCCAAGGACUUCAUUGACCGCCUGCUGACAGUGGACCCCGGCGCUCGAAUGACUGCACUGCAGGCCCUGAGGCAUCCAUGGGUGGUGAGCAUGGCAGCCUCUUCAUCUAUGAAGAAUCUGCACCGCUCCAUCUCCCAAAACCUCCUCAAACGUGCCUCAUCGCGCUGCCAGAGCACCAAAUCUGCCCAGUCCACACGUUCCAGCCGCUCUACACGCUCCAACAAGUCACGCCGUGUGCGGGAGCGAGAGCUGCGGGAGCUUAACCUGCGCUACCAGCAGCAGUACAAUGGCUGAGCCACCUGGCUGGGCUGCAGACAUGGCAUGGUCCCAGCCUGGCCACACAUUGCUGUGCCAUCUGGGCCCAGUGCCCUCUCUAGAGAUGGGCUUGUAUGGCCGGUGGUAGGUGAAUGGCCCCAACCCCUUCUCUGUGCCUUCAGCAGCCCCCAUCUUCACCCUGGGCCUGAGCCUGGUGAACUGGGAGCCUGGCCUGGCACGGAUGCGACUUUUGGUGGGCAACUACUCUGGUACCAGUUAGGGAAAGGGCAAGCCCUGGCCUUUGGUCUCACUUCUUGGCUCUUCCCCAGACCAGAGGAGCAUGCAAUGCCAGGUAGACGGUGUCCUCUGGUCCCAGGACUCUUUGGGACAGUUACUUCUGGAACCCGCCUUUCCUCCACCAGGCCUUCCUCCCUGACUCUUCCCCCUUGUCCACCCCCCCAUAUUCCAUGGCAUCCUGAUCCUUAUGAUUAUGCUCUGGUGAGAGGCCCAGGGAGGCACACAGCUUGUGCCUUGGCUGGACUCUCAAUCCCUGGCUAAGUCUAAACAGCCCUCCACCUCCCAGCCAAGACCUAUCUUGCUUCAUGGUGCCCCCAGGGACCCCUCCUCUGGCCCUAGGACUUGUCAGGCUCUCUGGUGGUAAGGCCAUGGAAUGGUCCUUGGCCCUCUGGACUGUGUGGCUGUGUUGAUAGCAGGCUUGCUCCAGGCUCCAACCUCUCCGUCUAUGAGAGAGUUUCUGCCCACCAGCCUACUGCUCUCAGUGCCUGCUUUACAGAGCCUACCAUCACCUCCCUCUACCCCUUGGGUGCCCAUUCUGUUCCCCAGGUGCCUCCUUCCCAACUGUGGGGGGACUAAAAGGAGCCCCACUGCUGCUACCUGGAGGGUGGGGGCACCUGGGGGUGGGGGCACCUGGGCCAAAGCAAAGGGCAGGGGCUUCCCAGGGAGAGCCUCAUCAGGAUUCCAGUGUCAGCCCUGGUUUCACACUUGGUAUUGCCCACUGCCUCUCCCUUCAGCUCUGAUGUUCUCUCUUCUGCAGCUGCAUGAAGGUGCCAUCUAGUGUCUGGCACAAGUAUGGGCAGCCUAGGAAUGACCACCUUGCUCACCUUUCGUCCUCUAAGAGGAAGUGGGGAGGAAGGAGCUGCUGCACUGAGGGAGGGUCCCAGGGCUGCUCAGUUCUCUCCCCUUCUGCUGAGCUUCUGUGCAGCUUCCCCUGGAACUUAGCCAUACUGUGUGACCUGCCUCUGAACCCUGAGUGCCUGGGGCACCGGCCUUUUCACAGGUGGCCUUGCCUGGUCCAGCCUGUCCCCGCUUGUUUUCAUAGCAUUACUCUUCCAGUCGGGGCCCUGCUGAAUCUCAGACUGGAGGGAGCCCCUGCAAGAGGUGGGUGGAAUUAGGUGGCCUCUUUCCCAGAGGCCUGAGCCAGACCAUCCCCCUAUCAGCCACAGUGCCUCCUCCCACCACAAGCAGGGCUGGAACUCAAGCCCCCUCCCUCCACAGCUACUUUCUGUGGGUGGGAAGGAGCCAGGGCCCAGCUAUAGCCUUAGCAGGAUUGCAGGGCCCCUGCCAGCAGGGAGGGUUUAGCCCUCAGUUCCUCUCAGUGGGUACCCUUGAGGGAGGCCCUCCUCUUUUUGCAUGUGCCAUCUCCAGUGGGAAACCAAGCUAAAAGAGACCACUCUGGGCCAAGUCAACUGUGCCUUAUAUACCCCUUCCUUCUGUCCCCAGUGCUCCCAGCACCAGGCAGUGGAAAGCCAAAGCCCCAUGGCCUCAGAAUUCCUCCUAUUUCCCAAAGUGCCUCUGGGGCCUAAAGGCCUGGGGAUUUAUUUCCUGUCGGCCAGGGUGGACCUGGUCCUGAGGAUAAGACAGAGGGAGUUUGGAGACUUGGGCCUGUAUGCUACAGACUGUGGAUGGAGAAUGUGCAGUUAUUUAUUUUGUGUACUCAGUUUGUAAAUGUAUCCUCCAUACUCAAUAAACAGGCUGCCUUCCCCAGGGAAGGCUGCCCAUUCGUUCUGACA